GCCCUCGUCGAUUCUUCGCUGGUUUGCGACGAUCCAGUCCAGACGGUGGAUCGCUUGGCGCAGGCAGGUGCCAACGGAGUCGUUUUUCUGCACUCGGCAGAUGGUAUCGCUCCAUUGGCCUUGGGCGAUCGUCCCACGCCGGAGAUCAGGGCU